AUGGCCCCCUCGACGAGCCCUGCCGUUCCAGAUCUUGAGCUGGACCAAGAUGAGGAUCCUCAAAUGGGUAUGGUAGCUUCUCGAGAUGCUCAAACUAUGAGUAUUCAAGAAUUCACCCAGAAUCUGAAGAACAAUACAAUGCGUUUGCGAAAUGCAAAACAGAAGGCUCUACUGAAGAAGCACUUCAAGGCAGUAGCUCGCAUUCGAGACGACUCGAACGCGAGGGUAGAAAAGCUCCGCGAACAAUUGUACAGUCAGCGGAAAGCACUCAUGAUAGAAGAAAGUAAUAGUUUACAGUUUCAAUAA